AUUCAGAAUAGGACUGUUGACUGGCGACGUCAUAAUCUGCACUUUUGGAAGUUUUUUCCCUUCGGCUGGUGCAACAGGAAAACCACGAGCAGAGGACGAGGACGCUGCAUUGCACUGGUACCGGCUCCGGAAGAAGAAAGAAAUCCAGCUCGACUUGAAGCGAAGGAGGAUCUCUAGCAAUCUCCAAAACCAGAACCUUGGAAGGCGAUACCAGAGCCGUAGUGUCCGGAGCCCACUCUGCCAGCCCUAGGCACCUGUGCCUUGGACAUCCAAAAACCAACAAUCCCAGGAUACAGGUUCACUGAUGGCUCAAUUGGGAGCAGUUGUGGCUGUGGCUUCCAGUUUCUUUUGCGCAUCUCUCUUCUCAGCUGUGCACAAGAUAGAAGAGGGACAUAUCGGAGUAUAUUACAGAGGUGGUGCCCUGCUGACCUCCACCAGUGGCCCAGGUUUCCAUCUCAUGCUCCCGUUCAUCACAUCCUACAAGUCUGUACAGACCACUCUCCAAACGGAUGAAGUGAAGAACGUACCAUGCGGAACCAGUGGUGGUGUGAUGAUCUACUUUGACAGAAUUGAAGUGGUGAACUUCCUGGUCCCACAUGCAGUGUAUGAUAUAGUGAAGAACUAUACUGCAGACUAUGACAAGGCCCUCAUCUUCAACAAGAUUCAUCAUGAGCUUAACCAGUUCUGCAGCGUCCAUACACUUCAGGAAGUCUAUAUCGAGCUGUUUGAUCAAAUCGAUGAAAACCUCAAAUUGGCUUUGCAGCAGGACCUGACCUCCAUGGCCCCUGGGCUUGUUAUCCAAGCUGUACGAGUGACAAAGCCCAACAUCCCUGAGGCAAUCCGCAGGAACUAUGAGUUGAUGGAAAGCGAGAAGACGAAGCUUCUCAUUGCGGCCCAGAAACAGAAGGUGGUGGAGAAGGAGGCGGAAACGGAGAGGAAGAAGGCCCUCAUUGAGGCAGAAAAAGUGGCACAGGUUGCAGAAAUCACCUAUGGGCAGAAGGUGAUGGAGAAGGAGACUGAGAAGAAGAUUUCAGAAAUUGAGGAUGCUGCAUUUCUGGCCCGGGAGAAGGCAAAGGCCGAUGCUGAGUGCUACACUGCUCUGAAGAUCGCGGAAGCCAAUAAGCUCAAGCUGACCCCAGAAUACCUGCAGCUGAUGAAGUACAAGGCUAUUGCUUCCAACAGCAAGAUUUACUUUGGCAAAGACAUCCCCAACAUGUUCAUGGACUCCGCAGGCGGCCUGGGCAAGCAGUCUGAGGGGCUGAGUGACAAGCUGGGCUUUGGCCUAGAAGACGAGCCCCUAGAGACAGCCACAAAGGAUAAUUGAAGAAAAAGACAUGUGUGCAACCUCUGAUUGUGCAGCUUAGAGAGAUCUUUAUUUUUUAAGAUGAGACAGAGUGCUCCUCCUCUCCACACUACCUUCCUUGACUCUUCGUUACUAUGGUUAAAAAAGGAAGAAAUGACACAAACUUACCCCCUUCUGGGAAGGGGGGAGCAGAUGGAGAAUUGGCUUUGGUUUAUUUUUAAUUCAGGUAAGUAAGUUGUAUGACUCCUGAUAAGGUGUGUACACCAUAGAUUUGACCUCUGACCUGCAGACACCAACUUUGUCACUUUGAAGCUGGCUUAACUGAGGAUACUGUCAGUAGGAAGAGGGAGAGUUGUCGUGCUGCCUCCUCAUGGCUUGAUUUCCUUCAUGGGAAAAUGCACUCCGUAGUUCUCUCCCUUGCCUCUAAUGUAGGCAGUGUCUGCAUGUGAGGUUCAUAACAGAAGGGGUGUCUGCUGUGGAACAUUGGCUGCAAAGAGCGUUGGCCUGCUGGGCUUUGACUGUGAGUGGAUUACUCUAGAGUUAAGCUGUCUUGAGCCCUUUCUAGGAAGAACUUGGUGCUAGGUUUUGCAAGGUUUUCUACACACUGUACUCUGCCCUAGUGUUUGCUGACUACGUCUCACCGCAGCAGGGCUCAGUCACUCCACACGCUCCUUUUCAGUACUUCCACCUGAUCUGUGAUUUGAUUUCUUCUUAAAUAAUCUAUUCAUCAGUUCUACUCAGCAUUAAGAUGGGAACAAACAGGCGCUGUACUAGCUGGUGACCUGGCUCUGUAUUCCUUCCUCAUUAGCACUGUAGUACUGUUUGGCUAAUUAUGCAUAUACUUUUGAGACCAAACAUCUUUAUCAUUAUGGAGGUUCUUCACUAAGAGCCCUUAACACUGUGGAGCAGAAGGGCCCAGCCAGUAGACAUCCAAGUAGUCGUGCCUAUGGCCUGUGCUGGGGUUUGUCUGACACACUUGUAAGAGCUUUUAACUCCGGCAGCAGCCACUUGAGAGUCAGCUCCAGAGUGGCACAGUAGAUGUGAGGCAGAGCCGUGCCCAUUCCCUGUGGGCCACAUUGAAUCCCCGAGUUUUGUUUUUUGUUGCUCAUUAGGAAAGCAGUGAGCCACCCUAGGAAAUUGAGAAUGGGAAGAACAGAUAGGAAAGAAAGGUAUUUCUUAUCCCGAAAUUGGGCUGGGGGCAGGAGGCUCCUCCAUGGCCUGUGAGCACGCACAGAAUACCUUUGUGGAGGGCAGCUAUCCAGUUAGUUUGCAGACAUGGCGGAACCCUGUACAACCAUGACUAGCUCUAGCUUAGGACUUGGCCUUGUUCACUAGUCCUCUACCCAAUCCUCUCACACACACAAAACACCUACUGUUCUCUUAGGUGACUACUAUAAAUGAUAUUUUCUGGCAUCAAUUCCCAUCUCAUUUUUGGUUUUGUAAGUCAGGCCAGUUUGCUCUGAAGUGACACCAGGCUUGUCAGGCUUCAGGUAUUUGGGAAGCAUCCAGUCUGCCCAGAAAGAGGCAGAGUUCAUUGUGCUUACUUCAGAUGUCCCCUUCUUUGCCCUGACCCCUCAGACUGAGACUUCUCAGGCCACGGACCCUGGCCACACUCUGUACAAAGCUCUUACAAGAGUGUUUUUUUCCUCCCAAGACCAACUCAUCUUCCUCCCACUUGUUGCUGCUAAUCAUUUGAAAGCAACAUGCUGUACCCAGCAUCCUCUUCUGCAUGAACCUCAGAACACUACUUGAGUGGAGUCAGUGCAGGAGUCAGGGUAUCCCAGCAAACAGCACCCUCCUAGCCUGAAAGUCUUCUGUGACUGACAUUCUGAUAGCUCAUCCCUCCAUCACGAAGAGCCACGAUAAAGUCCUGCUGCAACUGCUGCUUCCCCGCCCCUUUGAUGUCACUUCUUUAACAAAACAUGAAUGUUCCCAUGUCAUAGCAUAAAUCCAGUAGCUGUUCGUAUCUGUCACAGCAGUAAAAUCAUGGACCGCAGAUGUCUUUUAGCUUGGGAUACCUAGCCCAUCUGUCUUUGUGACCUUGUUUUUUGUAAUACUAUAAAAUCUGAUUGUAAAGAAUUUGAAUUCUAAACAUAUAAAAUGUGAUAAGCCUGCAGUUUUGUAGGCAGUGAAGUCAUGGCUGCUAUUUUUAAGUAGAACUUCUAUCAAAAUAAGUAACUGUUUGUAAAAUUCAGUUUUUGUAGGACUUUCCCAAGGCACAGCCACCUUGGUAGAAUGCUUCUCACUCACUAAAUGUUGCAGAAGCAAUUCAUAUUCCAUAGUUUUUACUCACUUUUCAAUAUAUGGUUAGAAUGUUUGUAAGGAAGCUGAAGUUUAAUAAUUUUUAUAUAACUAAAAAUAGGUGUGGAGGGCUCAGUGUGGUUACUGAGGAGGAGAAGGGGGAGGAGGGAGAGGAGGAGGAGGAGGAGGGGGAAGAGGAAGAGGAGGAGGGGGAGGAGGAGGAGGAAAAGGGGGAGGAGGGAACCUGACUGAGGCCGAGUAAUGAAGUGCUCUGAAAAGGGAAGUGUUUGUUUCCUAACCGAUCUGUGGGGCUGUGUAUCUUGGGAGGUGAGCUAGCCACGCUUACUGACCUGGGCUGUCAUCAGUCAGACUUGUGUAAACUGUCCCUGGACAAUAGCUACUCUCUCUGUGAACUGUACCUGCUCUAUUGUCUUCAGUGGGGUUCCAGCCACUGUUUGUUUCCUUAUAAAAGCUGUAACGGGCAAUCAUGUGUUUGUAGUUCCAUUCCUUUUUAUCUCUACUUCUGUGUAAACUGGUGAUUGAAUAGUUAAAGCAAUUUUUUCAGUGUGCCCCAAGGGUAUUAAUGAGCAUUUAUAACUGAGAAAUGAUUCUUGUUAUAUUAAUUAUUCCAUAAAUGAUACUACUAGAUACAUUACCUUGGGUUAAUAGCUCCAGGAUUUGUUUCAAACAACACAAAAGGUCUCAUGUGAAUAUACUUAUAUCUUGGAUUUAAUUUCAGUCUUGCUAAAUAAAAUGUCUUUGUCUUUA